AUGGGGCCGGCGGCCGCGCCGCCCGGGGCAGCGGCCGCGGCCGCUCACAGCGCAGCGAGCAUCGCGGCGGCCGCGGCCGCGGCGGCGGUCAGCAAGGUCAGGGCAGCGCAGCAGCACCAGCAGCACCAGCACCAGCACCAGCAGUCGCUGCUGAUGCAGCGCCACGAGCAGUCGGCGCUGAACGCGGCCGCGGCACCUUGGACGAUGCCCGGCGCCACACCCGCGAGCGCCCCUGGCGCCGCUCCUCGCAACGGUAUGCAGCCGCCGCGCGCGUCGACGCCCGUGGGCGCCGCCGCCGCGCCGCAGGCGGCGCUGCUUCAGGCGCACCUGCAGCAGCACCAGCACCAGCAGGCGGCGGCCGCGGCCGCGGCCGCGGCUGCGCAGGGCGGGCUGCUGCGCGACUGGCAGGCGGCGGCGGCGCUGCAGCAGCAGCACAGCCAGAUGCAGGCGCAGGCGCAGGCUGCAGCGCAGCAGCGGGCGCGCAGCCAGAAGCGCGGGCCGGGCCCAGGGGACCUGGGGCAGCAUCAGGGUUGGAUGCCGCACGCGUAUCAGGGCGGCUGGUGA